AUGAGGACAGUGGCGCUUCGUGAGAUCCGAAAGUAUCAGAAAAGCACCGAGCUUCUGAUUCGCAAGCUUCCGUUCCAAAGGCUUGUCCGUGAGAUUGCUCAGGAUUUUAAGACGGAUUUGAGGUUCCAAAGCAGUGCAGUGGCAGCUCUGCAGGAGGCGGCUGAGGCGUAUUUGGUGGGGCUGUUUGAGGAUACGAAUCUGUGCGCGAUUCACGCCAAGAGGGUUACGAUUAUGCCCAAGGACAUUCAGCUCGCCAGGAGGAUCCGAGGGAGAGAGCUUAAGGGUGCUUGGGUCUUUUUGUAG